CUGAUAAGAUAGUGAGUUUAUAAAAAUCAUCGAUUCUUCGACUGGUCUCCUCAGUACUUGUGGUUCUUUACUUAAAGUGAUCAUGAAGUUCUUUUGGCUACUGUCGAUAGCCAUAGUUGCGGUAUUAGCCACUCUGACGACAGCCUACAGACUACCAACUACAGUCAUCCCAUCGGCUUAUAGGUUGCACUUGAACCUUUCCGAAGAUGCAUUCACUGCAGACUCCGACGCCUACGAAGGCUACGUUAUUAUAACUGUUCAAGCUUUGGAGAGUGUGACUGAAAUUCAGCUUCAUGCCGCCCAUGACUUCAUCAACAUCACCUCGGCCUUCAUCGGCAAUAACGACAUCAACAGCAUCACGGUGGAUAACACCACCAAUAUCGUUACUUUGGGCAGCUUUGGUGUCACUUUGGGUGCUGGAUCUACCGCCUUGCUGCAUUUGUAUUUCACCAGCAGAUUGAGCGCGCAAGAUAUGUACGGGUUCUACAAGAGUUCCUACACUCAAGGAACCGUCACUAGGUAUUUGGCCACAACACAGUUCCAGCCAACUUUUGCUCGGAGGGCCUUUCCUUGCUUUGACGAGCCGGCCUUUAAGGCCACUUUUGAAAUAUACAUCACUUUCCCCAGAGGGCUGAACGCCUUGUCUAAUAUGCCCGAACAGGAACACGAUACGAGCGAUGUGAUUGGUGAUGAUCCGAAUCUGGAAACCGCCCAUUUCCCGGUCACCAGCGUUAUGCCCACCUACCUAGUGGCCUUCAUCGUCUCCGACUUCACCUGCACCUAUGGGGAAAAUAUCGAACUCACUGCUGUCCCCUACAGAGUCUGCUCCAGAGCUCAAACCGCAAACAUCCGGAGCUUCGCCCUAACAUCGGGAGUAUCGCUGCUGAGGACCCUGAACGUCUACACCAAUUACACGUACAGUGCCAUGGGCUUUCCAAAAAUGGACCAGGUGGCCAUUCCAGAUUUCGCUGCAGGCGCUAUGGAGAACUGGGGUUUAGUAACCUACAGGGAACAAUUCCUGCUCUACGACAGUGUGGAAUCGACCAACGCGGACCUGCAGCAAAUUGCAACGAUCAUUUCCCACGAAUACGCUCACCAGUGGUGGGGCAAUUUGGUUACCAUGCAGUGGUGGUCCGAGACCUUUUUGAACGAGGGUUUUGCCAACUACUUCCAAUAUUUCACCACACAUGAAGACUAUCCAGACUGGGAGUUGGAUAAACAGUAUAUAGUGCGAGUGCUGCAGCCCAUGCUUGAGACCGACUCUUUGGCUUCUGCCCAACCUCUGCAAUAUGAGGCCAACAGCGACGCGCAAGUUCUGAACAGAUUUGCCCGAGUGUCGUACUUCAAAGGUGGCAGCAUAUUCCGGAUGGUGGAGCAUAUUUUGGGCAAAGAAACCUUCAUUCAAGGACUGCGAAACUACCUGAGAAACUACGCUUUCCAGAACACUUUGCCGGAUGACCUGUGGAACACACUGGACGAAGCUCUGGUUGACCGUUCCAGACUCCCGUAUAACACAACUUUGAGCCAGAUUAUGCGCAACUGGGUCCAAAAUCCUGGAUACCCGAUCCUGGAAGUCCGAAACAUCGGUGUAGCGCUUGCAGUGACACAAGAGGGACGAUUUUUGUUGAAUGGAAACGACAGUGCUGCCCGGUGGUACAUCCCUAUUAGCUACACGGUCAGCACCAAUUCAGGAAAUUUCGGAAAUUCCUCUCCCCAGGAUUGGCUGCUGCCUAUUGGAAUAGUGGAGAUUCCGUUCCUUACUGGCUCUUGGGUUGUUCUUAAUAAUCAAGUCACUGGCUACUAUCGUGUCAACUACAACACCAUGUGGGAUCCUCUAAUCGAGGCUCUUCAAGCCUCCAACUUCUCGAGCAUUCCUGAAGAAAACAGAGCUUCGUUCGUGGACGAUGCCUUCCAUCUGGCUAGAGCAAAUAGAAUUAACUAUACCAGAGCGUUUGGUAUAAUCGAAUUUCUGAGAAACGACACUUCACAUCAUGCUUGGUUCCCUGCCAUCGGCGGCUUCAACUUCUUAUUGAGCAGAGUUGGACAGGAUUCGCGUCUGGGUAGAGCCGUUUCGAGCCAUGUACUGGAUCUGCUAACAAACAUCUACUCCACCGUGCCUUGGAUCAGACUGAACGGAACCGAUCACGCCUACACGUUGAAGCAAGUGGACAUUCUAACUUUGGCCUGCAGAUUGGGGCUGCAGAACUGCAUCAACCACGCCCUGGAACGGUUCGGCGAGUACAGAAUUUCUGGAACAAGGCCUACUAAUAACGUGAGAUCUGUCGUAUACUGCAACGCCUUGCGCUAUGGAAACAGUUCUAGCGAUUGGGAACUGCUGUGGUCAGCAUACGCCAGCUCCCAAAUAGCUGGAGAAAGAGUGAGGAUUAUUUCGGCCCUUGGUUGUAUUCAGAAUGAAGAAAUUCUUCAAAGGUAUCUGGAACUGUCUCUGGAUCCCACUUCCGGAAUUCGUUCUCAGGACGCUUUGUCCGUUUUCAAUGCCGUCCAUCAAGGCAGUACUAUGGGCAUUGACAUUGCGUUCAAAUUCCUGCAGGAAAACCAUGCCAUCAUCAACGAACGUUAUCAGAGCUUGAAUGCACUCAGCAACAUGAUCAGCGCAUUGGCCGCAAGAUUCACCACAGAAGAACAACUCAACGAGCUGAGGGCUUUUAUCGAAACCGGUGAACUGGCCGAAGACUUCCACAGUGCUGCCAGCUCGGCUCUGGGAACAGUAGAAGCCAAUCUCGUCUGGCUGGAUCAGUACUGGGAAGAGCUGCACGCGUACUAUGGAAUCGACCCUAAUGAGCCGGAAACAACCACUACGACUUCCACUAGCACUACAACUACCACCACCACCACUACAACUACUACUACUACGACCACGCCCACUCCUACCACAACUACAACCACACCAACCACCACAACUCCUACCACCACUACGCCUGCAGAAGAGGAUGACGACGAAGGUGUAGAUGGUGACGGUUCAAGUGCAGGCACAUUGGGAGUGUCUAUGCUCCUGCUGGGUCUGUCGAUGAUCGUUGCAUUAAGAAAUUAACUCUAGUUCAAUUGAAGUAUGCCAAAACUAUCCUCUAUUUUCUUAAGUAAAGUAGUUUUUAAAUAUAAAAGUUUGUUUUAAAA